GACCCGGAAGAAAGCGACUUACCUGCAGAUGACCAAGGGUGCCUCAAUCCUUGUUCUGAAUCAAGCAGAGACAUUUCGGCAGACACUCGCAUGCAUGAAUCAUCUGUACAAACUGAUCAGCAACUUGUACGGACAGCUGCUGUUGGACCAUCCUCAAGAACAUGCUUCUUUAUGGGCUACAGCAGUAUAACAGGCAACGCAGGUGCACUUCGUAGUUUGUGUGGUGUGGAAGAAAAUGUUUUUGCAUUAUUGCUCAGCAUGCUUCCGACAGUUAGGGACAGAAGCACAGACAUAACGAUUGAGAAUAAGUUGGUGAUGUUUCUCAUGAAGAUGAAACUUGGUAUAUCAUUCAGUGCUCUAUCUGUCAUUUUUGGUACACAUAAGAGCACUGCAAGUCGCGCAUUUUUUUCUGUUUUGUACACCUUGGCUGAAGCAACCGGAGAUUGGAUCUAUAAGCCACCCAUUGACGACAUAAAGAUUGCACAGCCAGCUUGCUUCAGGAAAAAUUAUCCUGAAUGCACAUUAAUAAUUGAUUGCACCGAGAUGAAGACUGAGGCACCUUCUGAGGUUAGGCAGCAGCAUAUGCUUUUUUCUCAAUACAAAGGGUGCUACACGCUUAAAGUUUUGGUAGGUAGCAUACCUAAUGGCAUGGUUGUGUUUGCAUCAAAGCCGUACGGUGGACGCUGUUCCGACACUCAUAUCACAUUGGAGUCUGGCUUCUUAAACAUUGUUGAGGAAGGCGACAUGAUUUUGGCGGACAAAGGAUUUCCUGGCAUACGCACACAUCUUGCCAGCAAAGGAGUUGUUAUGAUCAUGCCUCCUUUCUCAGUUGGAGGCAAUGUUCCAUUCACUCCUCAAGAAAUGGAGCAAACUUACACAAUUGCUUCUGUACGUAUCUAUGUAGAGAGAGCGAUUCAGAGAAUUAAGUUGUACAACAUACUAAAACAUGUACCCAUUAAGCUCAUUCCAUCAAUGAAGGAAAUUUUUCACAUGUGCUGUGUCUUGGCGAACCUUCAACCCCCUAUAAUCAGUUCGUGAAGUGUGAGCUUGCUUAGAAUAUUGGCAGACUUGAAUUUAUUUGACAUCUACUUAAUGUGCUGCAUUGUACAAACUAGUCUGUUGCACCUCAAGACACAUAUGAAGUGUCAAAUCAGCAGGGCUCAUGCACUUGUUGCGAAAUGAAAGUGCGUUGUGG